CUGGCAACCCUGGAGAUGGUGGCCAUAUUGUAAAGCCACAAUGGCCCCCCGGCCUGGGAUAGCAGUCGUUUUGUGAGUCAUUCAACCGUGGCCUGCUGUCCACAGUAGUAGACUCCCAAGGGGGAAAAAAGCCUAUCUGUCAUUGACGAAUAGUGCAGACCAGUUAUUAUGUCUAGGGUUCACUGGAUUAAGACAGAAAAUCUGAAAUAUCUGAUCAAAGCAGGAGUUUGAGUAAUGUUGCAAACAAGUUCUGCGAACCAUAUUGUAAUCACCACUCCAAGGCAGCAGCUGCAUCAUCUCAAGUCUGUUUCAUUCAAUCCUGUGGCUACUGGGGAGGCAGGAAAUGUGCUUUGCAUCCACGCUUUUUCCCUUUUAAUGAGUAAUAUGCGUUUGCGGUGAAUCUAUCAUUUCAUUUGUUUUUAAUGGUGAUUUGGAAGACCAAUGUGUGUUUUAUUUAGUUUUAGCUUCUAUAUUUCCCCUGAGGAUCGGUCCCAGUUAUAAAGGCUCUCUGUGUUGGGUUUGUGUGAUCAGAGUGUUACAAGACAUCAGGAAAGUAUCAGAUUGUGCUUUGAGGAAUGUGAUUUUUUUUCCAUCUUUAUAAUUGAUAAGUAUUGCAAAGUGAUUCUUGAAUGUACGUGUGUUUUCAAACAUUAGCAAACAUAGGGGGAGUGCGAGAGCAAAGGAUGAACAUGGGGCAGAAAGUCUCAGGGGGAAUCAAGACCAUCUCCAGUGCUCGGGAGCCAACGUACAAAGCUAUAAACCGUGAGCCCGCUUACAGUCCAGACUUUCAGAAACCCAGCCGGCUCGAUGCCUUGCUGGACAUGCCCUCCUGCUCACGUGAGCAGCAGAUAAAACAUGCUUGGAACGCCGACGAUCGUUCCCUCAACAUUUUCGUGAAGGACGAUGACCAGAUGACCUUCCACAGACACCCUGUGGCUCAGAGCACGGACUGCAUCAGGGGGCGGUUUGGGUACACCAGGGGGCUCCACGUGUGGGAAAUUUUCUGGAGCACCCGGCAGCGGGGUACGCACGCGGUGGUCGGGGUGGCCACGAGCGACGCCCCGCUACACUGCGUCGGGUACCAAAGCCUGGUGGGCAGCAGCAAAGACUCCUGGGGCUGGGAUCUCGGUCGGAAUAAGUUGUACUAUGACAUGAAGAAUACGCCGGGGGUCACUUACCCGACUUUACUCAACUCAGACGAAAAUUUUGUUGUGCCAGACAGUUUUCUUGUGGUGUUAGACAUGGACGAGGGGACACUAAGUUUCGUUGUGGAUGGACAGUAUUUAGGCGUGGCUUUUCGAGGACUCAAGGGCAAGAAGCUCUACCCAAUAGUCAGCGCAGUGUGGGGACACUGUGAAAUCACAAUGAAGUACAUCGGUGGAUUAGAUC